AUGCUGAUAACACGAAAGCUUCUUCGGCGAGAGAUCCGCUACGAAUCUGUCAAGGAAGAGGAGACAAACAUUCUCCAUCAACUAGGGUACUAUGAUAAGCAGUUUGAGUUCUUUUCUCAUCUCCACAAUCACCAAGGCUGGAUCCAAAACACUGUCGCGCACCACUUGAGCCUAGACUCUCCCGAUCUGGGUCAUGUAUCAGAUAUUGAGGACUGGUUACAUGAGAGCUUCGACGUCUGCGUUCCGGUCACCAUUCGCCCCAAGGGCAUCAGGGUGAUUCUUCGACUCCCGCUCCCCUAUCGGGUCGGUGAGGAUUUUAUGCCAGGAAAUGGGGAUGAAAAGGUCCGAUAUGUGCCGAUUCCAGCACUCUAUGGGUUUGCUCUUUCGACCGGUGAAACUUUCACUUGCGACAACUUGCCGCUCCUAUAUCGGUGGUUUCACUCAUUCCCGCGUCUGGCUUGCGCAUGGCUAGGGUUUCCAGUUCCAUCCAGAUACGUUCCCCAUCAGCCAGCGAGAAACGAGCACGCCGUUACCUCCAGCUAUCUGCUUCUUGAAUACAUUGAGCCCACUACCCGGGGAAGCAUACUGUCAAACACAUGGGCAGACGCCCAAAACGACAGCAAACGGCGGGCGAAUAUUUUCCACGGUCUCGCGCGCAUUCUACUGCGCAGCAGCCAGACCCCAGACCCCAAGAUCGGCUCCUUCAUCAUCGACCCCAAGGGGUAUUUCACGUUGGCAAACUGGCCCCUUUCGAUGGAAAUCCAGCAGCUGGAGAACGAACACAUCCCUACAGGCACCCCGCGGGACUAUACUUAUUCUACUGUGGACUCAUACGUGACAGAUAUUUUCGACUGCCACGACUGCCGGUUUCGGCAUCAGCCUAACGCAAUCAAUGACCUUGGGGACUGUUUGUUUCAGCUCGCUUCCCUCGCCGGGAUGCGGACCGUCUCCAAAUCAAUCUUCCAGAAAGGCCUCCGACGCGGGCCAUUUGUGUUCUCGCUGACCGAUCUUCACCAGCGCAACAUCUUCGUGGAUGCGGAUUGGGAUGCGACGUGCCUGGUGGAUUUGGAGUGGACGUGCGCUUUGCCGGUGGAGAUGGUUCGGCCUCCCUACUGGCUCACAAAUAUGGGUGUCGAUGAGCUGGUGGCCUCGGAGAGCGAUCCGGUUUGCACCGAAUUCAUGGACGCGCUCGUUGCAGAGGAGAAAGCAAUCGCGGUGACGGCAAGUCACAGCAACAAGUCGCCCCCGCUACUCUCGGAAAUCAUGCAAAAAGCCUGGGCGACGGGAACGUUCUGGUAUACCCUCGCUCUCUUCAGCCCGUCUGGUCUCUUCAUGAUUUUCAAACAGCAUGUGCGACCACUUUUUGCAAAGAUCAGGGAUAUAGGACGCAUUGCAGCUGAAAAGCUCUUUGACAGAAAGCAGUACGACAGAUAA